AUGAACAGUCAACGUGCAACUCUCUUGGUUCUUCUGGACCUAAGUCCCGCUUUUGGCACAAUUGACCAUGGAAUUUUGCUGGAACGGUUAAGGUCGAAAUUUGGAAUACGUGGAAAAGUUGUCAGUUGGUUUUCUUCCUAUUUGUCUGGUCGAAGUCAAUGUGUUAUGCUAAAUGGUACCCUUUCUGAUUCAUCUGAUUUGAACUUUGGUGUCCCGCAGGGUUCGUGUUUGGGGCCUCUUCUUUUUAUAUUAUAUGCCUCCAAACUGUUCGAUAUUAUUAACAAUCACUCGCCGGAUUUACAUGGUUUUGCUGAUGACACUCAGUUGUAUGUGUCAUUCAAACCUGACUACCCAUGCGAUCAAUGUGAAGCGAUCUCGGUAAUGGAAAGCUGUGUCAACGAUCUUCGGAAAUGCAUGAUUCAAGAUUUUUGA